UCUACCAAAUACACUUUCAGAGUUUUCUGUCUGUUCAGUUCUCCGUAUUCUUAGCUAGCCAUGGCAGCUCAUUCUUAUUUCUUAGCUACCGUUGUUUUUAUGGCGACGGUUUGGGUUCUACAGUUGUUGGAGUCCGGCGAAGCCUUUGGGACAUUCGGGUUCGACAUCCACCACCGUUACUCGGAUCCGGUCAUCGGUAUUUUGGACCUCCAAGGGUUGUCGGAAAAAGGUAGCGUCGACUACUACUCCUCCUGGGUGGCGCGUGAUAAGUACCGGCUUUCCCAUGGGCGUCACCGCGCUGCAGACUCCGGUGAUUCUGCCUUGCUUACUUUCGAAGCUGGAAAUGAGACCGUGCUGAUAUCUCGUCUGGGAUUCUUACACUAUGCAAAUGUUACUGUGGGCACGCCUCCUCUAUCAUUUUUGGUGGCACUGGACACUGGUAGCGAUCUGUUUUGGGUGCCAUGUAAUUGCCGCAACUGUGAACGGCGUCUUAUACUGGGAGGAGGAAAGGAAAUAGAUUUGAAUAUGUAUAGCCCCAACGCCUCAUCCACGAGCAAGAUCGUUCCCUGCAAUGGUACCCUGUGUAAACGAGCACGAAGAGGACUUUGUUCAUCAGCUGAUCCCAGUGCUUGUGGCUAUAAAACUGGAUAUCUCUCUUUUAACACCUCGUCACAAGGCAUAUUGGUUGCCGACGUCUUGCACCUAGCCUCUGAGGGCCGUUAUCACAAAAGCACCAAGGCGCCAAUUAUAUUAGGCUGUGGAAUGGUGCAAUCUGGGGCAUUUCUGAAUGCUGCUGCUCCUAAUGGCCUAUUUGGGCUUGGAAUGGGAAACAUUUCUGUACCUAGCACUCUAGCAUCCAAUGGAAUUGCUGCAAAGUCAUUUUCUAUGUGUUUUGGGCAAGAUGGUGUUGGGAGAAUAGUUUUCGGGGACAAAGGCAGUUCAAAUCAAGGAGAGACACCAUUUAUUCCAACACAAUCAUUCCCAACGUAUAACAUCAGCGUUACGCAAAUAGCUGUGGAGGAAAAUGUGACUGAUGUUGAUUUUACAGCCGUAUUUGACUCUGGCACAUCCUUCACCUAUUUAAAUGAUCCAGCAUACACAAUCAUUACAAAGAAUUUCAACUCUUUUGUAAAGGAGCCACGCAGUCAAGUUGCUUCCAAUUCCUCUAUUCCUUUCGAGUAUUGCUAUGACGUAAGUACAAACGAAACUUUCAUUCCUAAUUUGAAUCUAACAAUGAAAGGUGGCGACCAGUUUUAUGUCGUUGAGCCAAUAAUACUUUUCUCGGAUAAGAAUGGUAUGUUUGGCUAUUGUUUAGCAGUUGUCAAAAGUGGGGAUAUCAACAUCAUUGGACAAAAUUUUAUGACCGGCUACCGGGUGGUUUUUGACAGCGAGAAGAUGGUUUUGGGGUGGGAGCAAGCAGACUGUUACAAUGAUAAAAACUCAGCAACCGAAGCACCUUCACCUAGCAGUGAGUAGGGUGAGAACAAAUCUAUCCCCCAAUAAUAGACGGUCCGUCAGAGACUUAUGGGUGUUUUUUCAUUUUCCUUUUUUCCUAUUAUGAGUUUGAUGAAAAUGAAGAUUGUAUGAAUUCAUGGUUUACUUUCAUGUUCGUUGAGUUCACUUUGGAAACUGAAUAUGUGUAUGACUUUAAUUUGCUUGGUAAUAUAUAUAUUAUAAAAUGUGAGACUACAGUAUAUAGUUUGGAGACUA